UGACUGACAGUCCCAUCUGUCUGUAGUGUGUUGUUCGUAUGCGUUGUCUGUAGUAGUGAGAAAAACCUAGUGCUUUUGGAUGCGAAAGUAACCUAAAAGUAGGGUAAAGCAUUAAUUAAUUGGACUCGAAAAUUUUUGUUUAGUUAACGUACAUUUUUAAUCAUUCAAAAUGGUGUUAGCAGAUUUAGGAAGAAAGAUUACGUCUGCUCUCAGAUCUCUAAGUAAUGCGACUGUUAUCAAUGAAGAAGUCCUCAAUUCUAUGCUGAAAGAGAUUUGUGCAGCACUGUUGGAAGCUGAUGUGAAUAUACGAUUAGUAAAGAAGCUUAGAGAAAAUGUUAGAGCUGUCAUUGAUUUUGAAGAAAUGGCAGGAGGAUUGAAUAAACGGCGUAUGAUUCAAAGUGCUGUAUUUAAGGAGUUAGUUAAGUUGGUAGAUCCAGGAGUGAAAGCCCAUCAGCCUGUGAAAGGAAAACCAAAUAUCAUAAUGUUUGUCGGUCUCCAAGGAUCUGGUAAAACAACAACUUGUACCAAGCUUGCUUAUCAUUACUUAAAAAAGAAUUGGAAAGCUUGUCUUGUAUGUGCUGACACGUUCAGAGCUGGUGCAUAUGAUCAGCUGAAGCAGAAUGCCACCAAAGCAAGGAUCCCGUUUUAUGGCAGUUACACCGAAGUCGAUCCUGUUGUCAUAGCUCAAGAUGGUGUUGAAAUGUUUAAAAAAGAAGGAUUUGAAAUCAUUAUUGUGGACACUAGUGGACGACAUAAGCAAGAGGAAUCGUUGUUUGAGGAGAUGUUGCAAGUGUCAAAUGCGAUUAGGCCUGAUAAUAUAAUCUUCGUGAUGGAUGCUACAAUAGGUCAAGCUUGUGAAGCUCAGGCCAGAGCCUUCAAGGAGAAAGUAGAUAUUGGUAGCGUCAUUGUCACAAAGUUGGAUGGACAUGCCAAGGGUGGAGGUGCUCUGAGUGCGGUGGCAGCCACGAAUAGCCCAAUUAUCUUCAUUGGUACUGGAGAACACAUUGAUGAUCUAGAGCCAUUCAAGACUAAACCAUUCAUCAGUAAACUGCUAGGAAUGGGUGAUAUCGAGGGCCUUAUAGACAAGGUCAAUGAGCUCAAGCUUGAUGACAACGAAGAACUCAUUGAGAAAAUUAAACAUGGUCAGUUCACUUUAAGAGACAUGUAUGAACAGUUUCAAAAUAUCAUGAAGAUGGGUCCUUUCUCACAAAUAAUGGGAAUGAUUCCUGGCUUUAGCCAAGAUUUUAUGUCCAAAGGAAGUGAGCAGGAAUCAAUGGCAAGAUUGAAAAAACUUAUGACAAUAAUGGACAGUAUGAAUGAUGCAGAGCUAGACCACCGAGAUGGAGCCAAGCUGUUCACCAAACAAACUGGCCGCAUUGUAAGAGUGGCCCAAGGCUCUGGCGUCACAGAGAAGGAGGUCAAGGAUCUCAUCUCACAGUAUACCAAGUUUGCUGGAGUUGUCAAGAAGAUGGGAGGAAUCAAAGGACUCUUUAAGGGCGGUGACAUGGCAAAGAAUGUUAAUCAGGCACAAAUGGCGAAGCUUAAUCAACAAAUGGCAAAGAUGAUGGAUCCGAGAGUGCUUCAUCAAAUGGGUGGCAUGUCCGGGCUGCAGAACAUGAUGCGACAGUUGCAGCAAGGUGCUGCAGGUGCUGCGGGCGGACUCAGUAACCUGAUGGGAGGCUUCGGUGGCAAGUCGUGAGCAGCUCUAUGCAACAGUUGUGUACCUCGUGUUUGUGAUUAUACAUGACACUAUGACCAAACUGAGAAUAUUAUAUUGAUUCGAUGCAGUGCUCAACAAAUACAAGUUUUACUUUAAGUAUGGAGUUAAAUAAUUUGAUAUUCAAUUAUUUUAAUGAAAUAAUAUAUGCAAUGAACUAAGCAUCUAUAACAGUUCAUGAAUAGUACUCUAUAAUAUUUGAGAAAACAGUGAAAUUUUUUAUUGUAUUUUUUCUGGUUAUUUAAUUUAGGUGUUUAUUGAAGAGUUAAGUUUUACUACUUAUAGUGCUUCCAUUUUUUUCAGAAAUCUUGAAUUAAUCUGUUUUUGCUUUUGAUAUUUUCAUUCCUUUUAAGAUUUAUUUUUAUUUACUUUUUUAUUUCAAUACUAUAUAUGUAUUUUAUGAUAUAGGUUCAAUUAUUUAACACCGUUGUUUUUAUUUGUGAGAAAUCUGUUCCUAUAACCAUUAUCUUUAAAAUUUCUAAAAUUCAACAAUUUAUUAAAGUUGUAUACAUACAUACAUUCUGUAUCCUUAAAAACAAAAAUUCUGUGUGAAGUAAAAUCUUAAAGAUGUCUAAGUAGUAUUUAUCAACAUUCCUUGCUGUUAUGAAAAUAAAUGCUUUUACGAAUUUUAAAUGUGCUCAGAGACAUUUAAAUAUAUUUUAUGUGUUUGAGGUAAAUUUAUUAACUGAGAAAUUUUAAAUAAAGUAGGAAAACUUGUAACUGUGAGCAAACAACCAAUUGUACAGCCUUGCUGUAGAAGAUCUGUAGGUUUUGGUAUUUGAUAUCACUUUACAGUGGUAGAAUUGAGUUGGUAUGUGUACAAACUGUCAACCACAUUUCAAUGCAACUAUGUUGCGAUAUUUUUUCUUUGUAAAUAUGUUUAAUAAAAUGAGAUGUUUUUAAAA